AUGGCCAUCGAAAAACUCGAUUAUACUCCUGAUUUGAGUAGCCUGCAAGGACUGACCUAUGCAGAUGUGAUUCAACAGCUCCAGACCCGCAUAAAAGCAACUCAGGAGAGGCUGGAAGAAGUUGAAGCGGCCCUCAACCGCUGCCGGGAAUACAGUGCACAGGAUAUUGAGACGAUCAGCAGACAGCGUGUCGAAAUUAUUGAGCUGCACCACUUGGUCCAGAAACAGAAGAUCACAAUCAGCAACCAGAGCAAAGCCAUUGCAGACCCCAAGAGGAGUCGCAUUCGGCAGUCCACUAUCCCCAUGCCAAUAUUUCCUCUCACUCCCACUCAACAGCGCCCUACCGUAAGGUCUCCACGUUCAAGCACUCCCUCAUCAGCCAGCCCUUGCUUCCCAAGUGUCCUCACUCCCCUUCCUCCUGCGUUUGACAUGUCUCCUGGCACUCUACAGGACAAACGUAAGAGUCUGGAAGAGAGCUCCAAGACGUCACUUAGCCGCAAGAGGAGUAGUUUUCCGAUGAGUAUUUGUUCUCCAGGCUCUUCAUUCGAUACUGAAACAGUCAUUCGGGUGAUCUCGACCAGACUUCAAAGCCUCUUGUCAAGAACACUGACGUUUGGCCACAUGUAUACCAACUUGCCUAGUGUUCAAUUUGACAGCCACUUGAACCCGCGGGUUAAGGAAUAUGUCAUGAGUAUCUCGGAUAAGAUCCAUGCGUCAACGUUGCUAGGAAAUCCAUGCACUCGGCUCUGCGUGGUUGCGAAAGGAAUUAACUUCUACCUCGUUCACAAUAUCUUGCAGCCGACAGUCGUCAAAGGGUUCGACGCUCACAUGGACAAGGAAAUCAAACAGCUACAGGAACACUUAACCAUAGAUACCCCUGCGGUGGUCCGCCAUUCGCUGCUCAUCACGAUCGCACACCACAUCCAGGCUGUGGUAAAGAAGCCGAGGUUUUCCGAACUUAAUCAACACAACAUCCACACUUAUAUGGGAAAGUUGUGGCCGCUCAUAGGUCCCCUUACUCAUGACCCCUUGAGCCAAUAUCAGGUGGUCUGGAUGGAUCUUCAGGACAUUGUAACCGAGGCCCAGGCACUCGCAGUGGAUCUAUAUUCGUUACCCUUCGAAUAUAGCUUCAAGUUUCCUGCGGUGAACGACAUUUUCGAGCCCAGUACAAUGGUGAAUUGUGAUCAAUUUAUGGGUGGGGACGCUCAGAGACUGAAGAAGGACCACACUCUUGUUCGUCUGGGCGUCACCCCAACCAUUAGGAUCCAUGAUCAUUCCACGAGCCCUGCUGACGUCAGGCUGGUAGGCCUCGCGAAGGUACUGUUACGUCCUCCCCCAAGACGCUAUACUCAGCUUCUCAAUGAGAUGCAUGCGAAGUGA